AUUGAGGAUGUCUGGGGAGCAUUGGAGCGCGGAACCAGUUCUGCAGGCUGUACCAGGAAGCUUUUACAAGGAUUCUAGAUUAACAUGAGCAAGAAAAAUAAAAAUUUCUUAUUUCCUCUUUUACAUCAGUGCUGUUCCAAAGAAUGGACAGAAGAAAAGUUUUUGGGAAAGUCUAUGUGACUGAUUUGUGGAAGAAGAAAUUGUCCAGGCAAAGAACGUGAAACAAAACAAUUCCAAUUUUUAUCACUUUGGAAUUAGAACGUCAACAUUACUCUCUUUUUUAUGAAGCAACAUGUGUUGUAUAAUUUCUUGUUCUUAAAAUGUCAGACAAAUCUCCUGAAGGAAAAAGACCUCGUAAAAGUUUGUCAAAAAGUAAAAAUCAAAAGAAUGAAACCAGGGCUAAAAAAGGGCUAUUCAAAUCCAAUUCUGUUAUUUCAUUUUUUAACAGUGUGCCCCCAGCCAAACUUGCUUGUCCUAUCUGUGGUCAAAUGGUGCCAAGAUAUGACUUAAAUAGGCAUAUUGAUGAAAUGUGUCAGCAGAACAAGUAUGAAGUAAUUAAAAUUGAUACGGCAGAAUUUGAAAGCUCAGUAAAUCCAAAUCUAUCUCCAGGUAAUUUAGCCAAAACAGCCUCAGGGUAUACACCUUCAAAGCAAUCUUUACCUUCACAGAUAAAUUUGAGCCCCAUCAAAAGUGAUUCUGCAAAAAAUGAUAAGAUACAGAAAACUAGUCCAUACUUUAAGAACAGUGGUAAUUUAGUAAGCAGCUGUGGAGAAGAGUUGAAACAUCAGACAGUGAAAAUUAUUCCCUUAGGAAGCCUGUCAUCAAAAUUGUCCAGACGAUACGCAGAAGCUAGAAAAUUGGUAGCUAAAAAUGAGAAACUAGAGAAACAUGAAGUUCUGAGGACACAAAGUUUGAUGCCUCUAAUUGUUAAUCAAGUAGAAGCCAACUGUGCCACAGAUGGGGAUGAAGAUCAGGUUUUGGGAAGUGGAUCUCAAAAGGAAAAUAUUUUUGUUUCUGAAAAGCCUUUUGGAUGCCUUGAUAAAGAAAGUACUGCUUCUAAAUAUACCUUAGAAGACACAGAAAUAUUAGAAAAUGAAAGUCAGACUGAUACCCAAGAAUGUGAAAUAUCAUUACCCACACUUGAUUUUAUAGAAAAAACUUGUAGUAGUAAAUUGUCAACUUCAGAGAAUAUUCUUAACACAGAGAAGAAUUUUGAAGUUGUGGGUAGCAAAAGUAGAGAGGGUAUAGUACAAUCAACUGGAUAUAAUCAAGUAAUAAUGACUGCUGUCUCAGAAGGCCAAACUCAGAGGCCCCAAAAUACUUUCACACCAACUAAUUUGGGUAUGAAAUGUAAUAGUCCUGUAAAUACUUAUUCUGAAAAGGAUAACACAAGAACACUUCAGAAGGACGGUCACAUUGACUUAAAAAAUGAAAUCAUUCAUGAUUCUGGUUUUUUGGAGCCCUGUGAAGAAUUGGAGCCAGCUGAUGAUGAAUCAGAAGAAGUAAAUCAGGGUAGUGGUAACUUGGACUUGACCUCUGAUUUUUCAGAACAUCCGUAUUAUCUUAGGAAUUUUCUUACGGUACUAAAAGCAGUUUUUGAGAAUGAAGAUGAUCUGAAGCUCUUUGAUGAACAGGAUAUGGAAAUCUUAACAAAGUUUUAUAAACUAUCAGCAAGUGGGCAGAAGUUAUAUGUAAGACUUUUUCAACGCAAGCAAGUUUGGAUAAAAACUAACAAGAUAGAUUAUGGAGAGAUUGGUCAAGAUUUAUCAUCAGCGAUUGAAGAAUUAAAGCAAGUAGGCUUUCUACAGACAGAAUCUGAAUUACAAGAACUCUCCGAAGUACUUGAACUGCUUUCUGCUCCUGAGCUAAAAACCUUAGCAAAGACAUUUCAUUUGACAAAUCCCAGUGGACAGAAGCAGCAACUGGUGGACACAUUCCUCAGGUUGGCCAAACAGCGUUCAGUCUUCAGUUUUGGCAAGAAUCAGCCUGGCAUUGGUGCAGUGAUUUUGAAAAGGGCAAAGGAUUUGGUAGGACAGUCUGUAAGGAUCUGUAAAGGUCCUCGGGCUGUUUUUUCCCGUAUUUUGCUGCUAUUUUCAUUGACUGAUUCAGUGGAAGAAGAAGAUGCUGCUUGUGGUGGGCAAGGCCAACUUUUCACGGUACUAAUGGUCAACCUAGGCCGAAUGACUUUUCCCAGUUACACAAUAAAUAGGAAAACACCAGUCUUCCAAGAUAAAGAAGAUCUCAUCAGAUAUGCUUCAGCUACUCAUAUGUUGAAUGAUAUUUCUACUAUGAUGGUUAAUGGGAAAUGGAAGGAAGCUAAUGAGCUCUGCAAAUGUGCAAAGGAGGAUUGGAACAAGCUAAAAAAUCAUCCAUCCCUAAGAUACCAUGAGGAUUUACCUCUUUUCCUGCGGUGUUUUACUGUUGGGUGGGUUUAUACAAGGAUUUUCUCUAGAGCAGUUGAAAUACUACAAAGACUGCACAUGUAUGAGGAAGCAGUAGAGGAACUUGAAAAUCUUUUGUCACAAAAAAUAUAUUGUCUUGAGAGCAGAGGUCGAUGGUGGGACAGACUGGCACUUAAUUUACAUCAACAUUUGAAACGUAUUGAACAGGCUAUUCACUGUAUCACAGAAGGGUUGUUGGAUCCACAUGUACGAACAGGACAUCGUUUUUCUCUUUACCAACGAGCAAUGCGACUAAAAGAUUCUCCGAGUUGUAAAAAAUUCAGCCACCUCUUUCAUAAAAUGCCAGUUAUAACUAUUCAGGAUGUUACCCAUGUGACCAUAAAAGGGAAAAUGUGUCCUCAAAGUGGAAUAGGAAAGUCUGUGUUUCUUAUGGAGGAAACUGAUACAGAAGGAGAUGAAUUUACUCCAAGCACAGUCAUGUGUUCGGUUGAAGAACUAGCUCUAGCCUAUUACAGGCAGAAUGGUUUUGACCAAGGUAUUCAUGGGGAAGGGUCUACAUUUAUUACUCUAUAUAGCUUUCUACUAUGGGACAUCAUUUUCAUGGAUGGGAUACCAGAUGUUUUUAGAAAUUUCUAUCAGGCAUUCCCAUUGGAUUUGUAUACAGACAGCUUCUAUGAAAAUAGACGAGAUGCUAUUGAGUCUAGGCUCCAGAUGAUUCACAAGGCUUCUCCUGAGACUCUGAAAGAGUGGAUUGCAAAUGUAUGGAAUGCUCAGGAGGGUAAAGUAGCAUCAGGAGUCAACUGGGACAGGUUCUCUUCUCUUCAGCAAGCACAGGACCUGGUAUCCUGUUUUGGAGGACCUUUCUUAAGUGGCGUUUGUAGACUACUAGCUACAGACCUUCGGCAUCAUAGAGGGGGUCUCCCAGAUCUGGUUGUAUGGAAUACCCCCAAUAAUCACUUUAAGUUGGUAGAAGUUAAAGGGCCCAAUGAUCGCCUUUCCCACAAGCAGAUGAUUUGGUUGGAUGAACUGCAAAAAUUGGGAGCCCAAGUAGAAGUCUGCCACGUGGUUGCAGUUGGAGCUAAGAGCAAAUGCCUCAGCUAGAGAUUACAGAAUUUGGGUUAUGUUUUGUCACUUGCUGCUGGGUUUUUUUU